CGUUAAGCAUCGAUUUGGGCCAAUUUAUUUUCGGAUGGCAUUUUCGUAAUUUCUUGGGCGACGAAAGGCCAUUUUCUUUGGAUAUUGAAGGAUACAGAUCACGGAUUCGGCCUGAGGCUAUUCUACAACGAUGAUUGAGUCCAUUAAGCACCGAUUUGGGCGGAUUUAUUCCGGGUCAAUUUUUGGCAGAUUCCAAAGGGGUACCAUCACAGAUUUCGGGCGAUUUAUCCGAAAUGCCAUUUUCUUUCGAUUAUGGAGGCUACAGAUCACGGAAUCAGGCCGAGGCUAUUCUCCACCGAUAAUGAAGUCUAUUGAUCCUAUUCUCCACGAAUCAUAAGUCCGUUAAGCAUCGAUUUGGGCCAAUUUAUUUUCGGAUGGCAUUUUCGUAAUUUCUUGGGCGACGAAAGGCCAUUUUCUUUGGAUAUUGAAGGAUACAGAUCACGGAUUCGGCCUGAGGCUAUUCUACAACGAUGAUUGAGUCCAUUAAGCACCGAUUUGGGCGGAUUUAUUCCGGGUCAAUUUUUGGCAGAUUCCAAAGGGGUACCAUCACAGAUUUCGAGCGAUUUAUCCGAAAUGCCAUUUUCUAUCGAUUCUGGAGGCUACAGAUCACGAAAUCAGGCCGAGGCUAUUCUCCACCGAUAAUGAAGUCUAUUGAUCCUAUUCUCAACGAAUCAUAAGUCCGUUAAGCAUCGAUUUGGGCCAAUUUAUUUUCGGAUGGCAUUUUCGUAAUUUCUUGGGCGACGAAAGGCCAUUUUCUUUGGAUAUUGAAGGCUACAGAUCACGGAUUCGGCCUGUGGCUAUUCUCCAACGAUGAUUGAGUCCAUUAAGCACCGAUUUGGGCGGAUUUAUUCCGGGUCGAUUUUUGGCAGAUUUCAAAGGGGUACCAUCACAGAUUUCGAGCGAUUUAUCCGAAAUGCCAUUUUCUUUCGAUUCUGGAGGCUACAGAUCACGAAAUCAGGCCGAGGCUAUUCUCCACCGAUAAUGAAGUCUAUUGAUCCUAUUCUCCACGAAUGAUAAGUCCGUUAAGCAUCGAUUUGGGCCAAUUUAUUUUCGGAUGGCAUUUUCGUAAUUUCUUGGGCGACGAAAGGCCAUUUUCUUUGGAUAUUGAAGGCUACAGAUCACGGAUUCGGCCUGAGGCUAUUCUCCAACGAUGAUUGAGUCCAUUAAGCACCGAUUUGGGCGGAUUUAUUCCGGGUCAAUUUUUGGCAGAUUUCAAAGGGGUACCAUCACAGAUUUCGAGCGAUUUAGCCGAAAUGCCAUUUUCUUUCGAUUCUGGAGGCUACAGAUCACGAAAUCAGGCCGAGGCUAUUCUCCACCGAUAAUGAAGUCUAUUGAUCCUACUCCACGAAUGAUAAGUCCGUUAAGCAUCGAUUUGGGCCAAUUUAUUUUCGGAUGGCAUUUUCGUAAUUUCUUGGGCGACGAAAGGCCAUUUUCUUUGGAUAUUGAAGGCUACAGAUCACGGAUUCGGCCUGAGGCUAUUCUCCAACGAUGAUUGAGUCCAUUAAGCACCGAUUUGGGCGGAUUUAUUCCGGGUCAAUUUUUGGCAGAUUCCAAAGGGGUACCAUCACAGAUUUCGAGCGAUUUAUCCGAAAUGCCAUUUUCUUUCGAUUCUGGAGGCUACAGAUCACGAAAUCAGGCCGAGGCUAUUCUCCACCGAUAAUGAAGUCUAUUGAUCCUAUUCUCCACGAAUGAUAAGUCCGUUAAGCAUCGAUUUGGGCCAAUUUAUUUUCGGAUGGCAUUUUCGUAAUUUCUUGGGCGACGAAAGGCCAUUUUCUUUGGAUAUUGAAGGCUACAGAUCACGGAUUCGGCCUGAGGCUAUUCUCCAACGAUGAUUGAGUCCAUUAAGCACCGAUUUGGGCGGAUUUAUUCCGGGUCAAUUUUUGGCAGAUUCCAAAGGGGUACCAUCACAGAUUUCGGGCGAUUUAUCCGAAAUGCCAUUUUCUUUCGAUUAUGGAGGCUACAGAUCACGGAAUCAGGCCGAGGCUAUUCUCCACCGAUAAUGAAGUCUAUUGAUCCUAUUCUCCACGAAUCAUAAGUCCGUUAAGCAUCGAUUUGGGCCAAUUUAUUUUCGGAUGGCAUUUUCGAAAUUUCUUGGGCGACGAAAGGCCAUUUUCUUUGGAUAUUGAAGGAUACAGAUCACGGAUUCGGCCUGAGGCUAUUCUACAACGAUGAUUGAGUCCAUUAAGCACCGAUUUGGGCGGAUUUAUUCCGGGUCAAUUUUUGGCAGAUUCCAAAGGGGUACCAUCAAAGAUUUCGAGCGAUUUAUCCGAAAUGCCAUUUUCUUUCGAUUCUGGAGGCUACAGAUCACGAAAUCAGGCCGAGGCUAUUCUCCACCGAUAAUGAAGUCUAUUGAUCCUAUUCUCCACGAAUGAUAAGUCCGUUAAGCAUCGAUUUGGGCCAAUUUAUUUUCGGAUGUCAUUUUCGUAAUUUCUUGGGCGACGAAAGGCCAUUUUCUUUGGAUAUUGAAGGCUACAGAUCACGGAUUCGGUCUGAGGCUAUUCUCCAACGAUGAUUGAGUCCAUUAAGCACCGAUUUGGGCGGAUUUUUCCGGGUCAAUUUUUGGCAGAUUUCAAAGGGGUACCAUCACAGAUUUCGAGCGAUUUAUCCGAAAUGCCAUUUUCUUUCGAUUCUGGAGGCUACAGAUCACGAAAUCAGGCCGAGGCUAAUCUCCACCGAUAAUGAAGUCUAUUGAUCCUAUUCUCCACGAAUGAUAAGUCCGUUAAGCAUCGAUUUGGGCCAAUUUAUUUUCGGAUGGCAUUUUCGUAAUUUCUUGGGCGACGAAAGGCCAUUUUCUUUGGAUAUUGAAGGCUACAGAUCACGGAUUCGGCCUGAGGCUAUUCUCCAACGAUGAUUGAGUCCAUUAAGCACCGAUUUGGGCGGAUUUAUUCCGGGUCAAUUUUUGGCAGAUUCCAAAGGGGUACCAUCACAGAUUUCGGGCGAUUUAUCCGAAUUGCCAUUUUCUUUCGAUUAUGGAGGCUACAGAUCACGGAAUCAGGCCGAGGCUAUUCUCCACCGAUAAUGAAGUCUAUUGAUCCUAUUCUCCACGAAUCAUAAGUCCGUUAAGCAUCGAUUUGGGCCAAUUUAUUUUCGGAUGGCAUUUUCGUAAUUUCUUGGGCGACGAAAGGCCAUUUUCUUUGGAUAUUGAAGGAUACAGAUCACGGAUUCGGCCUGAGGCUAUUCUACAACGAUGAUUGAGUCCAUUAAGCACCGAUUUGGGCGGAUUUAUUCCGGGUCAAUUUUUGGCAGAUUCCAAAGGGGUACCAUCACAGAUUUCGAGCGAUUUAUCCGAAAUGCCAUUUUCUUUCGAUUCUGGAGGCUACAGAUCACGAAAUCAGGCCGAGGCUAUUCUCCACCGAUAAUGAAGUCUAUUGAUCCUA